AUGAGGGGCGACUUAGAGACGACCAAGGCCGAAAAGGCCCUUCACGAUCAGACGAAUAUACUUCCUCUAAAGCAACUCAUGGUUGUCUUUGCGACACUGGCAGUUACCCUACUGAUCGCAUUCAUUGACCAGAAUGGUAUCAGCGUCACGUUGCCAACCAUCGCCGCCGACCUGAAUGCAGAAGCUACGAUUUCAUGGGCUGGAACGUCGUCACUAAUCGCUAACACGACCUUCCAAAUGCUCUAUGGCCGCUUUUCAGAUAUAUUCGGCAGAAAAGCUGUAUUCUUGAGCGCAAUUGGUCUGCUUGCUAUCGCAGAUCUUCUUUGUGGACUCUCUCAGAAUGCAGCAAUGUUUUACAUUUUCCGAGGCAUUGCAGGAAUUGGCGGUGGCGGCAUUACCAACCUGGCAAUGAUUAUUGUAUCUGAUGUUGUGACUCUUGAGCAAAGAGGCAAAUAUCAGGGCAUUAUCGGCUCCAUGGUCGGCCUGGGAAACGUUCUUGGACCAUUUCUUGCCGCUGCUUUUGUAGAGAGAGCUACAUGGAGAGCAUUCUUUUACAUGCUGGCACCAUUGGGUGUUGUUGUUGGAGUCAUUUCGUACUUCUUUCUCCCCUCAAAACACCCCGAAGAAAACUUCAGAAGCAGUGUAGGAAAGAUUGACUAUGCAGGGUCAUUUACAUCGUCACUCGGUGUUAUCUUUUUGCUUAUUCCAAUUUCUGGAGGUGGCGCGUACUUUCCUUGGGACUCUGCAAUGGUCAUCAACAUGUUGGCUAUUGGAGCUCUCGCCCUUGUAUCCUUCGUUGUUGUUGAGUGGAAGUUUGCAAAGUUGCCGAUGAUGCCAGUCCCGAUCUUCAAAAACAAGGUUGUGGUGAUCAUGCUAGUGCAAACCUUCUUAUUUGGGGCAGUGUAUCAAUCAUACGUCUAUUACAUCCCACUGUACCUCCAAAACGCACAUCAAUUCUCAGUUGUGCAUUCGGCUGCAAUUUACGUUGCACUGGUCGUGUGCCAGUCCGUUUUCUCAAUCUUGACGGGACAGUACAUCUCACGAACCAAAAGGUACGGGGAGAUCAUUUGGCUGGGAUUUGGUUUCUGGACAUUGGGAGCAGGCCUUACAUUGAUCUAUGGCCGUGAAACCAAACCAGGGAUUAUUGUAAUCCCACUCAUAAUCAUCGGAAUCGGCGUUGGCUUCAUAUUCCAACCGACGCUGGUCGCGUUGCAGGCACACUCAAUCAAGUCACGGAGAGCCGUAAUUACGUCCAACCGAAACUUCUUCCGUUGCGCUGGUGGUGCCGUAGGCCUGGCUGUGUCCGCCGCUGUUCUUCAGGCUACCCUCCGAGCCAACCUGCCUCCAGAGUUCAAGGAUCUGUCACACAGCACAUACUCCAUACCUCAGUUGAAUGAGGAAGACAUGUCGAAAGUCCUUGACGCGUACAUGGCCGCCAGUCGGGCAGUCUUCAUUCUACAGAUACCCUUGAUUGGUCUUUGCUUGAUUGGCUGCUUGCUGAUCAAGGACCGAGGCUUGGACCCUAUCGACGACCAGGGUUCGGAUGAGACUUCAACUGAAAGUCGAGAUGAAGAGGAUGCAAUCUCUCGGGAAAAAACGCCUGAACGCAACAACGUGGAUAGCGAUGGAGAUAUGUCGACUGACCACCAAAAACAAGCUCCUUUGAACCAUUCAGCAUAG